UUCACUUUGACUACCUCAGGUUUAAACCUUCCACAGAAGUGUUGUGUUUCAUUCUGCUUUAGCCUGCUCUUUCCCUCCACUCCACUCCCCUCUCUCUCUCUUUCUCUUUCUUUCUGUGUCCUCAUCAUCACCUUCUGUCUUCGCAACCUCCUCGCUUGACCAGGAAAAGCUCCAUUCUGACCAUCCUCUACACUCUUGAGUGAGACCAGCUCCUUCGAUUCUGUACAUUUUCCUCUAACGAGAGUCGAACCACAGCCAGCAAAAUGGAGGCGAUCAAGAAGAAAAUGCAGAUGCUGAAGGGGGACAAGGAAAAUGCCUUUGAUCGUGCAGAGCAGGCCGAGUUGGACAAGAAGGUGUCGGAGGACAAGUGCAAGCAGUUGGAAGAUGAGCUGCUGGGGCUGCAGAAGAAACUCAAGGGCACAGAGGAUGAAGUGGACAAGUACUCCGAGGCCCUCAAAGAUGCCCAGGAGAAACUGGAACUGUCUGAGAAGAAGGCCACAGAUGCUGAGGGUGAAGUGGCUGCUCUGAACCGCAGGAUCCAGCUAAUCGAGGAGGAGUUGGACCGAGCCCAAGGGAGACUGGGCACCGCGCUCCAAAAACUGGAAGAAGCAGAGAAACAAGCUGAUGAAAGCGAGAGAGGUAUGAAGGUGAUUGAGAACCGUGCUAUGAAAGAUGAGGAGAAAAUGGAAAUUCAGGAGCUACAGCUUAAGGAGGCCAAACAAAUUGCUGAAGAUUCUGAUCGCAAAUACGAUGAGGUGGCUCGUAAGCUGGUGGUCAUAGAGGGUGAGCUGGAGAGAGCAGAGGAGAGGGCAGAGGUUUCUGAACUCAAAAGCGGAGAUCUGGAGGAGGAACUUAAAAAUGUAACUAACACCCUGAAGUCCCUUGAAGCCCAGGCUGAGAAGUACUCAGACAAAGAAGACAAGUAUGAGGAAGAGAUCAAUCUUCUCAAUGAGAAACUGAAAGAGGCAGAGACACGUGCUGAGUUUGCAGAGAAAACUGUAUCCAAACUGGAAAAGACUAUUGAUGAUCUUGAGGAGAACCUAGGGCAUGCAAAAGAAGAGAACUUGAAUUUGAACCAAGUCUUGGAUCAAACACUUCAAGAACUCAACAGCUUGUGAAUAACAAAAAAUGGAAACCAUCACAACGAACAACAUUCCAAAUGUGUACGUGUGUGUGUCUGUGUGCACGCAUGUGUCUGUGUGUGUGUGUGUGUGUGUGUGUGUGUGUGUGUGUGUGUGUAGGUUUGGGUGUGUUUGUGGUUAAAUUUUACCGCUCUGUUGUGUUGCCUGAGUCAUGCUCUUCUAUUUUUAUUCCAUAUCCACCCACACAUUUUCUUUAUGUUGCCAAGUGACCCAUUAUUAUAUAUUAUAUCACAAAAGGUGAUGAUGCUAUUGACUCCUUCACACCUGCCAUGCAUAAUACCCAACGUUUAACAAACAUAUUUUGAUCCAAUGGGCCUAUUCCCCACAUCACCGCAUCCUUUGGGCCUCUUGUUACCCCAGGCCUGGGACAUUUUCCCCAGUUACAGACCAUAAUGAUAGUGUUUCCUGCAUUAAUGUGUCCAUUCCACAUUCCUGUAUUUAUUUAUUUCACAUCCGUGCGUAUCAGGAGUCUACGAAACGCCAUUAAACAUGGCAUUCAAACAAAGGAAAACAUCUAUGAUGCAUUAUUCACACUUACAGAAUUCAGGUUAUAUUAGAUCUACAGUGAUGCGUGGUAUGUUUAAGGGAUUGUUUUUCCAGUUUCAGUGGUUAAUAUGAAGUCACUGAAAAGUGUCAAAUGAAGUUUUUUUUUUCCCCUCAAUCGCUUUUCUGGAAAUUAUGGCUCUGUUUUGUACUUUUUAAACCACAAUAAACUUUUCUUUUCUUUUUUA